CCAGCAUAAACUACUUUUUGUUUUAGCAAUAUGAAUGAUAUAGUUAAAAAUACAGAACUUUUUGUUAACAUCUUGGGUAUGUCCAGAACUUCUGCUGUUCAAAAAUGGGAUCGAGAAGCAUUUCAACGAGCAUUCAGAUGGGCUCAUUAUUUUGAACAGGUGCACAAAAAAACUAAAUCAAAAAGUCAUGUUGUAGAGAAGAUUUCGAAACAUUUAACAGACGCUUGUAGUCAAAUUGAUAGUAAAAUUGGUCUCUCACCACUGUCCUAUACUGACCUGCCAAGCGCCUCAGCUAUUUUACGGAAAAAUCUCUUGGAGAAUCCUUAUUUGAGUAAUGAUUUCUAUUUGGAGUUAGUCAGUCAAUUUCACUCACAACCAGAAGAAAAGGAAAACUUUAAAAGCCAACUACAUUCUUUAUCAAAGCUGAAAGCAACUUUACAAAUAUUGCAACUGAUACAAAAACGUUUUGAAGAUUGUGCUGUAAGUGAGCGAGACAAAGACAGUGGUAUUGCAGAUGAUGACACUACUGAACUAAAAAUGGGAGAGUUAGCUGUGACCAAAGGACAAAUUACCGCCAAUGCAGUUUUACUGAGGAAAUGUCUUUUAAAUGUUAUUAAACAAGCCCCUUCGUUAUGCAAUGAAAGGAAAUUCCAGUUGCACAAUAAACUUGAGAAUAUGAUAAGACAUGAGAGAGGUGUUGACGUGCUGUUGCUGUCUUUGAUUUGUGAUGACAAAGAUGCUGAAGUAUCGAAUUAUCUGUUGUCAUUUAUCGAAGAUAUUUUGGUGCCAAAAUGGAAAGAGAACUGGAAAGGGUUUUUGCAGUUACCUCUAUCAAAGCUUUUCUCUCAGUGUUUUGUUGUGUAUUCAGACUUCAAGAGGGUGUACUUUGAUUUGAUGCAACAUUGUGGCAAAAAAUUGCAAGAAGAAAUUGAAAAACACGAUUUUGUGUUACUUAUGGAGAAAUCCGAUUGCUCGCCCAAUGAACAGAUGUGCAAGUAUUACUAUUUUCUUUUUCAUAACUUGUUACAAACACUCUCACAAACGAAUCUUGAAUGCGAAAUGCAGGUCGAAGCGUUUGUGAGAAAACAGUGCGAAGGGCUUAGUGAUCACACGGUGACUGAGUCGAAUGUUUGGAGAAAACUGUCACAUGACAUGAUGGUGUCUUCUGCUAUUUAAAAACAUUUUUAUUUAAUCGAGUGUAAUUUUAUAUCACGAAGAAUUGUGUUUAAAUACUUUUUGUUUUGACUUAA